AAAAAUUUUUGCCUAGAAAAUAUCAUAUCUCUAUCUCUACCGCUAGGCAUAAACCAGAAAGUGGCAUGCUAAGGAUCAUCUGCCAUCUAUCUACUCAGCAGCAUCCCAGCAGCAGUAGAGUCCAGAGUGUGAACAUCCCCCUUUCGGUCUCCCUACUGUUACCCGAACCCACAAAAGUAAAUAAAAGACCCAACGUUUUUUCGUUCAAUUAUUUUACUUUUCUUUAACGUUUCUUUCACUCUCACUCUCACUCUCACUCUCCAUUCUUUGCUUUGGUUUUUUGGUUUGCUUUUAUUUUUCCUUGUUCUUUCUGUAGUCUCCUACUGCUACUUUAGCUCUACCUUCUCUGUCUCUCUCUCUCUCUUCCAGCUUUCUCUCUCUCUCUCUCUUUUUAACCUUUGUUUCUGGCGGAUAAACCGGGGUCUUUUCGGAUCCAGGAAAACCCAACUUCUGAAUUGGUUUCUUCUAGCUAUUUCUUGAUCUGGGUUUGCUUUAUUUUCAUAGUUAUUCGAUCAAUGUGCUGGGAAUAGAAAUUUUACAAGGUGUGUGGAUUUGGGUUUCUAGAUACUUGAAAAGACUAUAUCUUUCGGUCUCCAGCUCCAUAGCUGGUUAUGCUUUAGCAGGAAGGGAAGCAGGAUUAGAUGGAAGAGGAUGGUGAAAUAAGGCACUGGGAUGAAUUGAUUCCAGAUGCACUUGGGUUGAUUUUCAAGAAUCUUUCACUCCAGGAGAUACUUACAGUUAUCCCAAGGGUCUGCAAAUCAUGGCGGAGAGCAGUUACAGGACCUUAUUGCUGGCAGGACAUUGACAUCGAGCAAUGGAGCCAACACUGUCGGCCUGAGACCCUUGAUCGCAUGCUUCAAAUGCUGAUAAAUAGAAGCUCAGGUUCACUCCGCAAGCUCUGUGUUACCGGUCUUCCUAAUGACCAGAGCUUUUCAUUUAUUGCAGAUAAUGCCAAAUCUCUUCAGACUUUACGGCUGCCAAGAAGUGAAAUAAGUGAUGCAGUAGUGGAACAGGUUGCUGGCAAGCUCUUUUCAGUAACUUUCUUGGAUGUUAGCUACUGCAGGAACAUUGGGGCUACAGCCCUUGAAGCAAUUGGCAAGCACUGUAAGUCACUAAUGGGGUUGAGGAGAACAAUGCACCCAUUAGAGGUAAUUGACAAGCUGUCUCAAGAUGAUGAGGCCCUUGCCAUUGCUACCACAAUGCCAAAGCUCAAGCAACUUGAGAUGGCAUACCUGCUUAUUAGCACAGAAGGUGUGCUCAAGAUACUUGAAAACUGCCCUAAGCUUGAAUUAUUAGAUGUGCGAGGAUGUUGGAAUGUGAAGCUAGAUGAUAAUUUUGUCAAGAAAUUCUCACGGCUGAAGGUGGUUGGACCUCUUGUUGUGGAUUAUUUUGGGAUGAAGGGCUGGGAUGAUUGUUCAAACUAUUCAGGUUCCUCUGGUUACUUGGCCUGGGACUUUAUUGCAGGCGAUGUUGGUGUUGAUUACGAUGAGAUAUCAGAUGGGGAUUGGGAAGAUGACCAAAGUAUGGAAGAUGUGGAAAUGAGGUUCUAUGACGGUUUUGAUUUGGAUAAUGCUGCGUUUGAUUGGCCCCUCUCCCCAUGAGGGUCUGUUGGUAGCUUUUCAUAAUUUGGUUGACAAGCUCCGUCAACUAUCUCCACCACUCUCAGGCCUGCUGUGGUGGUUACUUCUUUGCGGCCACUUUGCUAUGUACAAACAUUUGUGUUUCUGAAGUAGUAUAUAGGACGAGUUUUUCUGUGAGUGUUUGUAAUAAAAACUUGUAAUUUUGU